AGCACACAGGAAGAACAAGGAGAAAGAAACCACGACUUUGCAUAAAACACUUCAUUUUACGAAUGUCCUCACAAAAUACCCAAGUAUGCUAAACAUUACCACUGGUAAUCCAUCUUCAUCGACAGGAAUGAAUCAUAAUUUCAGCGAUAAUUUAACUAUGUAUACAUCUCAGAGUAAUUCUAUAGACUAUAAACACAUACCUUUAGUGUCAGAGUUCAGUGAGAAUUUCACGCAUCCAUUAUCAACAUGUACAAAGGACGGUGUACAUCAUCCAUGCGAGACAGUGACAAAUUUAGCCUAUCCAUUAAAUGUUUCAUUGCCUUAUCCUCAUGCGUAUUAUUCACAACACCAGUCUCAUUUGAUUUUAUCUAAUCAAGAACAAUCACAGCAACAGUCAAUGAAUUCUACUGUAGCCUCGAUGUCGUCUAAUUCUAACUGGAUCAAUUGUAUCAAACCAUUAUCAACAGGGAAUAAUGAUAAUAAUAAUAGUAGUAAUAAUAAUAAUGCAUCUUCAACACCAGAGAUUAUUUAUUCUAAUUUAUUAAUACCAGGAAUUGAAUCAACAAAAUUACAUUUGGAUUAUACUAAAGCAUCUUUAACAGAUAAUCAUAUGAAUGAAGCAUUUUUGUAUUGUAAUACAUCAAUGAUUAAGUCGAGCUUAAAUGAUCAUUCACUUAGUAGGCGUAUGUGUAGUGAACAGUCGACUAACUGGUGUCAAAGAAUAAACGAAUCAAGGAGUGCUAUGCCGAAUAGAAACAAUCCCGAAAAUGGUGACUGUAAUAAUCGAGACGGUAAUCAUGGUGUACAACAGGAAGACGAGGAAGAUGAUGAUGAUGACGGUGACGGUGACGGCGAUGACGAUGGUGAUGAAGAUCAAAGUGAAAUUGAUGAAGACGGUGAUCCUUCACAAACAUCAAAUGCGAAAGUAGUCAAUAAAUCAUUCUUAGAUAAGGCAAGACAUCGUUCCCUGUAUGAAUCUGAAUAUACAAAUGGUAAUGAGAAUUCCAUAUGUUCAGAAAGUCAGAUGAAAUUAAAUCCUUUGAUCACAAUAAGCCACGAAUCCAUGACAGGAGUUAAACCGGACUCAUCUACAUCAUCAUCACCAUCGCUGUUAACAUCAUCUCAAUGGCCGAAUAAAUAUGAAUGCAAAUCCAUAAAUUAUCAUCGUUUAAUGGGUAGAAAUUCUCAAUCUUCACCAGUCUGUAUGAAUCAGACAAUCAAUAAUAAUAAUAAUACUGACAAUGUUAAUGACAAUAAAAUUAACGAUAAUAUUAAUGAAAUCACUAAGGAUGGUAUAAGUGAAAAUUCCAGUGUCAACAAGUCACAUCUAUGCAACAAUUCCACUGAGUUAGACGUUAUGGUUCAAAAUCAAAUUCUUGAUCUGCCAUACUCAGAAAAUCUGGUAAGUGAACUUUAG